AUGGAGUCCACGACAACCAACGGCAAAUCAACAGCUAGUUUGCAUGGGUCAUUUGAUGACAAUGAGCCGACGAGGGGGAGAGGCAGAGUUGGUACAACACCAGAAACUAAGGAAACACAACUGGAGCUUGACCCAAGCUUGUUCAAGCUGUCAGUAGAAGAGAAAGAACGUGCCCUCCUGAUCAAGAAUGCCAUUGAGGCUCUGCCGGACCUUGACAAUCUGUCCGACUUUAUGUACGCAAACAUGGCCCUAGUUGGGAGUGUGGCAGAAUCGGUGGAAAAGGCCUUCCUGAUGCAAGAGGUUCGACAGGAGUACAACAUUCAACUAACCUAUGCAGAUGGUGUUCGAAGUCUCUCUGCCAUGAUUGAACUGAUGCCACUUGUUUUCAUGUGCUUUUCAUUCAAUCUGGAGGAGGAAAGAUCGUUGAUGGUAUUGGAUGCCACAAAAUUACGCACAAGCAUAUGGAGAGACCCAAAGAAUGUGGAAAUCAUCAUUCGAGGCGCCUUUUACCUGUGCUAUGCAACUUUUCCCACUUUGGGUAUCGUCAGAGCUGGCAAAACAGAUAUCUUCGAAUUUGAAGGAUUUCAAAUGGGAAAAGGUAUGGUUGAUGUCCAGAUGGGAGCUCAGAUCACCUGCCAGACAAUUGGAGCAUUCCCAUCCAAUGUCACUACAAAGUUUUAUCAUACCUCUGUGAUGGCAAAUGUUAUCAAUGCCAUGAUCAAGAAACUGGUUCCCAAAGAAAUUGGAUCCAAAUGGGAGUUUGGGUGUCAAUGUGCAGGAGGAAGACUGGACAGGUUGUACAUGGUGCCAACGCCCGAGAUUGCCACCAAGAGAGUCUUGGCGAACCUGUUCAAGGGCCUCAAAAUCAGAAUGGAGAGUGAAAGAACGUUUACAUUGGCAAAAGAUGGGGAACUGACCGGUUGGUUGAAGGACUAA